AGGUCGACUUGGGGACCAUGGAGACCCAGAGGGACAGCACCUCCCUGCAGCGGUGGUCACUGUUGCUACUGCUUCUCGGCCUGGUGGUCACUCCGGCCACCUCACGGACCCUGAGCUACAGGGAGGCUGUGCUCCGUGUUGUGGAUAGCUUAAACCAGCGGUCCUCAGAUGAGAAUCUCUACCGUCUCCUGAAGCUGAACUCACAGCCCCAAGGAGACGAGAACCCAAACAUCCCGCAGCCAGCAAGCUUCACCGUGAAGGAGACUGUGUGUCCCAAGACAACAGAGCAGCCCCUGGAGCAGUGUGAUUUCAAGGACAAUGGGCUGGUGAAACAGUGUGGUGGGACAGUCAGCCUGGACGAAGACAAGAGCUACUUUGACAUCAGCUGUGAGGAGAACCUGGAAGUCAGCAAAUUCGGCUGGCUGCGCGAUCUCUUCAGGAGACUGAGGCAGGGUAUUGGCAAAAUUGGCGGGAGAAUCAGGAGAAUCUUUACGAAGUAUCAGCCACCCCAGGAAGAGUCCUAAGGGUCUGCUUUGCCCUGGCUCAGGCUUCUAGAACCUGAAAAAUAAAUUUUUGUGAAAGCAACU